AAGUCAAGGAGAAGCCCAGCCCAAAAGGAAAAUCAGUACCCUAUUGUCUUAGGCUAUCAUCUCAAGCAUUGAGAAUGGUAAAAAGACCCAAGGAUGUCGUGCUCGCUGAUCGCUUCACGAAAACGCUUCACACCCAACCCACUCCUCGCAUUGAUCCUUCGAAGAAUAAACUUCCAUUUCCCUUAUCCGUCUGUAUCAUCGGGGCUUCUCGCGGUAUAGGUGCUUCUAUUGCUUAUGCAUAUGCCCAAGCUGGCGUAGGCACGAUUAUUCUUGUAGCAAGAGCAUCUUCAUCAUGUGAGCUAGGGUUAGUGGAGCAACGCACGAAGGAGCUCAAUCCUUCUAUUCGAACGACCGCCAUUGCAUGCGAUAUCACAUCUUCCAAAAGUGUGUCUGAACUUUUGAAGAAGGUCAAAGACGACUUCGGAAAACUCGAUGUUCUGGUCCUCAACUCCGGUUACUCAGGCCCUGUCGUUCUCAACAUUGACGAUGGCGAUCCACAGGAUUUUCAAGACGUCUUUAAUGUCAAUGUACAAGGCACGUAUCUUGUCGCGCAUUACUUCAUCCCGCUUUUGAAGGAGAGCAAUGGAGCGAAGACGUUCAUCGCUGUGGGCUCACUUGCUGCGUGUAUUAACAGCGGGCAUAUUGCAAACACGGCAUACUGCAUCAGCAAGUUUGCGCAAAAUCGGCUUGUGGAGUUUAUAUCGGAACAAUAUGGUGAAGAAGGGAUAUUAGCAGUUGCGGUCCAUCCCGGGGCGGUUGCAACGGAGAUGGCGAAUGCGACAACUCCGGAUAGUUUCAGACCUUAUCUUACGGACGACCCGGGCUUGUGUGGAGCAUUUUGUGUGUGGUUGAGCCAGGAGAAAAGAAUGUGGAUGAAUGGGAGGCUUCUGUCGGCAACUUGGGACGUGGAUGAGUUGUUGGAGAGGAAGGUGGAUAUUGAAGAGAAGGAUCUCCUUAAAUGGGGGUUCAGGGUCGGCGAUGCAUAGGCCUGAACCAAUGGUAGUAAAUCAGUGUGUUUGGCGUCCUAUUCUACGACGAUCCUCGUUGAUGAAACCCGGCGCACCCGAGCUCGGUACUCGAUGAGGAGUCUACAAAUCUCCGGGUUUCUAUGUGGUGAGAGAUGAUCAAAAUAAAAUGC